ACAUACCUUUAACAAAUGAAGAUUGCAUUUCAUUUGUUUGUUCAUUUCAGUCUACUCGUGUUGGUAUCUUGCUACGGUGGAAACGGAUAUGACCCUCUUGAGAAUGCGUUAAAGAUUCAACGUUCAAGAAGAACAAUACCGAAACAUGCAAGUAAAGAUGCCACAGUCGAGAACUCGUAUAUUCCGGUCUACGUAGGUCCACAAGAUGGGUUGAAGGAUGCAGACAAGGUAUCCGAGUUGCCAGGUCAGCCAGCUGGCACGGACUUUGAUCAGUACUCAGGGUAUGUGACCGUUGACCCGAGCCAUGGAAGAGCACUGUUUUACUAUUUUGCAGAAUCACCAAUCAACUCUUCCACUAAUCCUAUUGUACUCUGGCUCAAUGGAGGGCCAGGCUGCUCUUCGAUUGGAGGCGGUGCCAUGAUGGAACUUGGACCGUUUAGAGUCAAUGCUGAUAGUACAACACUGUCACGGAAUAAAUAUGCAUGGAACAACGUUGCAAAUGUCCUUUUCUUGGAAUCCCCGGCUGGAGUUGGAUAUUCUUACUCAAACACGUCUUCAGAUUAUACAACUGGUGAUGCCCAGACCGCAAAAGAUUCAUAUGCGUUUCUAGUUAAUUGGUUAGAAAGAUUCCCAGAAUACAAAACUAGAGAUUUUUAUAUCGCGGGAGAAAGCUAUGCAGGGCAUUAUAUUCCUCAACUCACACAACUAAUACUUCAAAACAACAAGAUCACCAAUCAAACUGUCAUCAACCUUAAAGGAAUUGCUCUUGGAAAUGCGUAUGUUGAUGAUGAGACCUCAAAUACAGGAAUGUAUGAUUAUUUCUGGACACACGCAAUCAUUUCUGACGAAAUCCAUGAAGGAAUUAUUUCCAACUGCAACUUUUCAGAGGGUGCAAACAUAACAGGUGAAUGUAAUUACUAUCAAAGUGAGGCAUUAACUGCUAAAAGCAGCAUCUAUUUCUACGACAUCUAUGCCCCUUUGUGCUCAACAUUUAGCAAUAGCACACCAUCGAUAUCAGGAUUUGAUCCAUGCACUGGGAACUAUAUUCAUAAAUAUCUCAACACUCCUGUUGUGCAACAGUCGCUUCAUGCAAAACCGGUCCAGUGGGAAAAUUGCAAUGACUUCGUCGGUAUACACUGGAAGGACAUGCCUUUUACAGUGUUGCCUGUGAUACAGGAUCUAAUGGCCAGCGGCAUCAGUGUUUGGAUCUACAGUGGGGAUACAGAUGGGAGAGUACCAGUGACAACAACUAGGUAUGAUAUAAACAAACUACAAACACCAGUCAAGACACCAUGGUACCCAUGGAUGUACCAAGACGAGGUUGGUGGAUAUGUUGUGGGAUACCAAAACCUAACAUUUGUGACAAUAAGAGGAGCCGGACAUUUCGUCCCAAGCUACCAACCAGGGCGCGCUCUAGCAUUCUUCACUUCCUUCUUGGAGGGAAAGCUUCCUCCAGAUCAAUAACUAAAACUUUAAGAAUAGUAUGUUAAGAUUGAUGUUCAAACAUGGGUUCAAGUUAUAACUUUUGUUGUGAGUGAUCAUAAGUUGUGUUCAUCCCUAAUGUUUUCGUCUUGUAAUAGUAUGAAAUGCAUAAGAAAAUUUAUAAAAAACAAUAUACAAGAAAAUUAAUAAA